AUGAAACGAUUGGUGGAUUCUCUGGACAAGCUUCGAGAACGUCUGCAAGAGCUUGAUGCGGAACUCUCUGAACCUAAUGCGUUUCGUGAGCUGUACACUUUCACUUUUCUUUACGGAAAAUUGAGCAGUCAACGAAAUCUCGAUCUGGAUACAGCAUUGGCUUAUUGGAAGAUUUUAUUCAAGGAUAAGUUCCCCUUGUUAUCGCUGUGGGAAGAAUUCCUGCUAGCAGAACAUGGCAAAGCCAUCUCGCGUGACACUUGGAAUCUUUUGUUGGACUUUUGCCUCACGAUUCGCCCGGAUCUCACCAACUAUGACGAUGAAGGUGCUUGGCCCGUACUAAUUGACCAGUUUGUGGAAUAUGCACGCGAGAAGCUGAACCUUCCGCGACCUGAACAGCCGGCAGCAGUUGCAUCGUAG